GAAGGUUGUGAUUUCGAACCGGCCGGCCACCUCCCUUUUCAAUUGUGGUAGUAUCUUUUGAAGAAAUUGCUUGAACGCUAGCUUGGAAUUGAAGUUUCGAAAUGGAUAGAGAUUGGAUGAGUGCGAAUAGGUUAACGGUAAAAUAUAGGGAAGGUGUUGACUUCUUUUUGGAGUUUUCUGCAAAGAAUGCGGAUAAUCCUGAUUUGGUUCAUUGCCCAUGUCUCAAAUGUGGUAACAUGGAGCGUAUGAAAAUUGCCCAAAUAAGAGAACAUUUGUUUAAGAACGGUAUAGACAGGAGUUAUAAGGUUUGGUAUCACCACGGAGAAAAAAUUAGAAGAUCGGGCGAGGGACCCUCUAGAAAGGAUAAGAUUGUUAAUAAUGUGGAGUAUGAAGAUGAUCACAUCGCAGAGAUGAUUAACGAAGCAGAGUUUGAAUCUCAAGUUCGUCCUGAAACAUUUCAAACUAUGUUAGAAGAUGCUGAAAAGCCGAUUUACCCUAAUUGUACUAGGUUUACUAAAUUAUCGACGCUUAUUAGGCUAUACAAUUUGAAAGCAAAACACGGGUGGAGUGAUAAGAGUUUGACAGAGUUACUAGCUUUCUUAGGAGAAUUAUUACCCGAAGGUAAUGAGGUGCCUUUGUCUUUCUAUGAGGCAAAAAAGACAUUGUGUUCGUUAGGCUUGCAAUAUGAAAAGAUACAUGCAUGUCCUAACGAUUGCAUCCUAUAUCGAAAGAGAUUUGUGGAUGAGGUAUCAUGUCCAACGUGA